AUGACAGGGAUAACAUGUCGUGAUGUGAGCAGCAUCCCACCGCCGGAUGCGGUCGGUUUGCAAGAUCAAGAUAUCGAGCGACUACUCUUUGAGGCUGAAGACCGACUAAGGCCCAGCAAUAUUGGGCCUGCCAACUCUUUCAAUACCUCGUGCUUAGUUGAUAAUGGUCUGGAUAUCACUUCACUGAAUAUCCCUAAACUAGCAUCUGGUGGAACUUUGCAGCCUUACGUUCGCCAGCAGAGUGACUUUGCAGUUGUCGACACUGCCAGAAUAGCAAAUCAUCCCACCCAGAACUUGCCCGCCAAGGUCGCAUCAACAGGAUUUAAUCUCUCGAAGUCAAGCUCCAAGGAUAGGUCUACCGCUGGCAGCGAUUGGUUCGAUCUUCCGAAAACAGAAUUAACACCAGGGCUUAAGCGAGAUCUUCAACUUCUUCGGAUGCGCUCGGUUUUGGAUCCAAAGCGGCAUUACAAGAAGGAUGGCGGUAGAGCGCGACCUCCUCCUUAUUCUCAGGUGGGAACAAUAAUCGAAGGCCCAACCGAGUUUUUCAGUAGCCGCAUUGCUAAAAAAGAUCGCAAAAAGUCUUUCGUUGAGGAGGCACUAGCGCAGGAACGAGAAAACAAGCGGUUCGAGGCCAAGUAUAGGGGUAUCCAAACUCACAAGCAGAGUGGGAAACAUUCCUUUUACAAAAACUUACGAGCGAAAAGAAGCAGUAAAGGAAAAUGA